GCUUGUUUAGCGAGGAAUAGCGCAAGUUAUCUCAGUAUUUGUGGUUUAACUACUACAUAAGGUCCGAAUUUGCGCUGUCCGCUGCAGAUGUGAGAUGGCGACCUCCCCGGCGGCCGACGUCGUGGUGACGGGCACCCCCAGCAGCGUGCCGGCCGACGGCGACGACUUCCUGGCGCUAGAUGCGCCCGACGAGGACAAGGACUUUAGUCUGCUGAUCGAGUCGAGCAAGACAGGGGACCUGAGCAGCGCCCUGCGCUGUGAUACCGGCGCGCCGACCAAACGCAAGAAGACGCGCCGCGGUAAGAAGAAGCAGCGCCACGGUCCAACAGAUGGCGGCACGAGUGCCGGCGCGUCGGGAAAAGAUGGCGCCACCAUUGCGCGGCCAGGCGACGAGGCCGUUGCUGCGCCGGCUGGCGACGAGCAGGCCACGCCGGCUGUUCCCCAUAAGAAGCCGCGCCUGAACCGGCGCCAGCGGCGGCGGCGCUCGGGCCGGCAGCCGGCGCCAAUCCUUCGGCCGCUGGAGGUGCCGCGCGCGCCGCUCAAUUCCACAUCGUUCAUCAUCGACGACCACGAGAACUCGGCAUUCUACAUCGAUUUCGACGCGGUGGCACGGCGCACGCCCAACGGCCCGUCGGACGGCGGCUCGCAGCUGGAGUCGUCGACGGCAGACGACGAGGACGAGGAGGAGGCCGCCUACCAGUUCUCAAUGAAGGAUUUUGAAAACGUGUACCGCCACGCGCGUGAGGAGGAGCUCAGUCAGCUGGAGCGACCCGAACUGGUCGAGUGCGUGCGCUCGUUGGAGACACGCGUGCGCGAGCUUGAGGCGCAGCUCACCCUGUACGACCCCGAGGUGUGGGUGACGAACCUGCAGAACCAGCUGUUGCACCUGCAGGAGGAGAACCGCCUGCUGAACAAGACGCGGGAGGCGUUACAGAAGAAGUACGGCAACGAAACAUGA